GCCUGCAGGGCCCUGCAGCCUGGCCAUGGAAGUCACGGCUCCGAGCACCAUCCACGCGCUGAACAGCUCCUCGGCCCGCCUGGCCUGCACCUUCAACUCCUGCUACCGAGUGACCGAGAAGCAGUUCUCCCUCAACUGGACCUAUCAGGAGUGCCACAACUGCAGCGAAACGACGCUCCUGCAGUUCCGCUCCAAGGUGCUGCCGGUGGAACAGACCCGCUUCGGGAGCCGCGUGAAGUUCACGGGGAACCUGGGCAAGUACGACGUGUCCAUCACUCUGGAGGACGUGCAGCUGGACGACGAGGGCUUCUACAACUGCUUCGUGCUCAACCCCCCCGACCGGCACCGCGGCCACGCCCAGAUCCAGCUGCGGGUCAUCACGGAAGAGCCCCCCGAGCGGGACUCCACCGUGGCCGUGGUGGUGGGCGCCUCCGUGGGCGGCUUCCUGGCCGUGCUCAUCCUGGCCCUCGUGGCCGUCAAGUGUCUGCGGCGGCGGAAGCAGCAGAAGCUCAACACCGACGACCAGAAGACCGAGGAAGAGGGCAAGACCGACGGCGAGGGCAACCCCGGCGACAACGAGGGCCCCAAGUAG